AUGUCCAGCGAAGGUAAUAAACCUGUUAUUGAGAAAAAGGAAGAAGCAGCUCCAAAGCCACCUUCCUCUUCUGUCUUCUCCAUGUUUGGUGGUAAGAAGGCCGAAAAGCCAGAAGACAAGAAUGACGAAGAAAAUACCAAAGAAGAAAUCAAGAAGGAAGGCGAAGAUGCUCCAGAAUCCCCGGACAUUCAUUUUGAACCGGUCGUUCACUUGGAAAAAGUAGACGUUAAGACCAUGGAAGAAGAUGAAGAAGUUAUUUACAAAGUCAGAGCCAAGCUUUUCAGAUUCGAUGCCGAUGCUAAGGAAUGGAAAGAGAGAGGUACUGGAGAUUGUAAGUUUUUGAAGAACAAGAAGACUAACAAGGUUAGAAUAUUGAUGAGAAGAGACAAAACUUUAAAGAUUUGUGCUAACCAUAUCAUUGCCCCAGAAUACACUUUGAAACCUAACGUUGGUUCCGAUAGAUCAUGGGUCUACGCCUGCACAGCUGAUAUCGCAGAAGGCGAAGCCGAGGCUUUCACUUUCGCUAUCAGAUUUGGCAGUAAAGAAAACGCUGACAAGUUCAAAGAGGAGUUUGAGAAAGCUCAAGAAAUCAACAAAAAGGCUUAG